AUGGAUUCCGACGAUGACUCUGUCUUCGCUAUCGAAGAUGAUUCCGAGGGAUAUGUCCCAAAGCCCAAAGCCAAGGCUGCCGCGAAGCCAGCUGCCAAAAAGAUGGUGCAAACCACAUUAAAAUCAAAACCAGCGCCGAAGAAGCGCCCCAUCAUGGAAAGCGAUGAAGACGACGAGGACCCGAGUGCCUCAUCUGGCUUCUCCAACACUCCGCCAACCGCUAAGAAGCAGAAGACGGCAGCUCCACCGAAGAAGUCGGGCGGCAAGCCCCUAGCGGAGCUGGAAAAUGACAGCAUGAUCAUCGAUGACGAGCCCAAGGACGAGCCCAAGGCUGGCGCCAAGAAGAAGACAGCAACGGAAACGUACCAGAAGCUGACACAGCUCGAGCACAUCAUCAAACGUCCCGAUACGUAUAUCGGCUCCGUGGAAAAGACAGACCAACAGAUCUGGGUCUACAACAAAGAGUCGAAGCAGAUGGAGUAUCGCAACAUUACAUAUGUCCCUGGUUUCUACAAGAUCUUUGACGAAAUUCUCGUCAACGCUGCCGACAAUAAACAGCGUGACAGCUCCAUGAGCAUGAUGAAGGUCACCAUUGAUCGCGCUACCGGCGAGAUUAGUGUUGAGAACAACGGCAAAGGAAUCCCCAUUGUCAUGCACGAGAAGGAAAAAGUUUACAUUCCUGAGCUCAUCUUUGGUCAUUUGUUGGCUGGUUCCAACUUUGAUGACAACGAGAAGAAAACCGUGGGUGGUCGUAACGGUUAUGGUGCGAAGCUGUGUAACGUAUUCAGCACAGAAUUCACCCUGGAGUGCCAGGACAGCGAAAAUGGAAAACGAUACAAGCAACUAUGGACCAACAAUAUGCAGACCAUGCACAAGGCCAAAAUUACUUCCAACAAGACAUCAGAUUUCGUCCGAGUCACCUUCAAGCCGGACUACGCCCGAUUUGGAAUGGAAGAAGGCAUCACAGAUGACCUCGAGGCACUGCUCUACCGAAGAGUUUACGACAUGGCUGGUACAAUGAGAGGUGUCAAAGUCCAACUCAACGGCGAACUCAUCAAGAUCAAGGACUUCAAGGCAUACUGCGAUCUCUAUGCAAAGUCUAUUGCAGGCGAGAGGAGCAUGGAGGAGGGCGGCAGCCCAACUUGUACUGUCGAAAUCGACAAGGACAAGGGCCAUCCCCGCUGGGAAGUUGGAUUCACCGUAUCAGAUGGCACAUUCCAGCAAGUGUCAUUUGUCAACUCGAUCGCAACAACGUCAGGAGGCACUCAUGUCAACUAUGUCGCCGACCAGAUCACAGCAUACCUCCUCAAGGCGGUGACAAAGCUGAGGAAAGGACAUGGUUUGAAGCAGGCGCAUCUCCGAAACCACAUCUUCAUUUUUGUCAACUGCUUGGUCGAUAACCCUGCGUUUACAUCGCAGACCAAAGAGCAGAUGACUACCAAAUCUAGCCAGUUCGGCAGCAAGUGUGUCCUGGGAGAGGAUUUCCUGAAGAAGGUGGCCAAAUCCGACGCAAUCAAAAACAUCAUGGACUUUGCCGAAAGAAAGGCGGACAAGAUGAUGGCCAAGAGUGAUGGUAACAAGCGCUCUCGAGUGAGCAAUGCCAAGCUUGUCGAGGCCAACUUGGCAGGCACCAGACGCGGUCAUGAAUGCACGCUCAUCUUGACCGAAGGUGACUCCGCCAAAGGUCUGGCCGUUUCUGGACGAGCCAUCUUGGACCCUGACCGUAUUGGUGUGUUCCCGCUUCGUGGUAAGCUUCUCAAUGUACGAGACGCCUCCAUCGACCAAAUCACCAAAAACCAGGAGAUCCAAAACAUCAAGCAGUUCCUGGGUCUCAAGCACAAGCAGGUGUACACGGACACAAAAAGCCUUCGUUACGGUCACCUGAUGAUCAUGGCCGAUCAGGAUCACGACGGUAGUCACAUCAAGGGUCUUCUCAUCAACUUCCUUCAAGUGCAGUUCCCUUCACUGCUCCAGAUCCCUGAUUUCUUCCGGGAAUUCAUCACUCCUAUUGUCAAAGUCUGGCAGGGUCCCAAUCCCAAGAAGCCGCAGCGACUCAAGUCCUUCUUCACACAACCGCAAUACGAGGAAUGGAAGGAAGAACGUGGCAGCGAAAUCACUCGAUGGCAUUACAAGUACUUGAAGGGUCUGGGCAGUAGCAGCAACGAAGAUGCCCAGGUAUACUUCACCAACCUCGACGAGCACUUGAAAGAAUUUGAUGUCAUGAAGCCGGAGGAGGCGGACAUGUUCGACCUGGCCUUCUCCAAGAAGAAGGCCGACGCGAGAAAGGAGUGGCUGGGUAACUUUAUUCCUGGAACCUACUUGGAUCACUCUGCCAAGACUAUCAGCUAUGGCGACUUUGUGAACAAGGAGCUCAUUUUGUUCAGCAUGGCGGAUAACAUAAGAUCCAUUCCGUCAAUGAUUGAUGGGUUGAAGCCCGGUCAGCGCAAGGUUCUCUACGCAUGUUUCAAGAGAAACGUGGUCAAGGACGAAAAGGUUGUGGAGCUGGCUGGUUAUGUCUCUGGACUGACUGCCUACCACCACGGUGAAGCCUCACUGCAGCAAACCAUCAUUGGCUUGGCUCAAGAUUUUGUGGGAUCCAAUAACAUCAAUGUUCUGGAGCCCAGCGGUAACUUUGGUUCUCGACUUGCCGGUGGCUCUGAUGCUGCCAGUCCUCGUUAUACCUUUACCCGCUUGUCUCCCUUCGCCCGCUCAAUUUUCUCCUCCCUCGAUGAUCCAAACCUGAACCACCAGUUUGAGGACGGUAAGCAGAUUGAGCCGGAGAUUUAUGCUCCUGUCCUUCCCAUGGUGCUCAUCAAUGGUGCCGAUGGUAUUGGCACGGGUUGGAGUACCUCUAUCCCCAACUACCACCCGCUGGAGGUUGUGAAGAAUUUGAGGCGACGAAUGGGUCGUCUUGAGGAAGGCGAUGAUGAAGAGAAGCCAUUUGAGACCAUGACUCCCUGGUUCCGGGGCUGGAAGGGCACACCAGAGGCUGCUGGCCCUGAUCGCUACAAGUUCAACGGUAUUGCUUACCAGAAUGAGCAGAACGCGAACGAGGUGGUCAUCACUGAGCUUCCCAUCCGCGUAUGGACUGAUGACUUCAAGGCUCGUCUGGAAAAGAUUAUCAGCGGCGUGGAUGGCCCCACCUGGAUCAAGGACUACAAAGAAUUCAACGACCACAAGACUGUCCACUUUGAGAUUCAAGUGGAUGAGAAGCACAUGGCCAAGGUCCUUGAAGAAGGUUUGCUGGAGCGAUUCAAGCUCACUAAGCAAGUGGCGACAUCUAACCUGGUUGCGUUCGACACUAAUGGCCGGAUUCGCAAGUACGAGAAGGUUGAGGAUAUCCUAGAGGAAUACUAUGUCUAUCGAUUGGAGAUGUAUCUGAAGCGAAAGAAUCACUGGCUGAGUGUCUACGAUGCCGACUACCGGAAAUUGAAGAACCAGGCACGCUUCAUCCAGGAGAUUAUUGACGGUGACUUGAUCGUUGGUAAGAAGAGGAAGGACGUCCUUGUCAAAGAGCUGCGAGAUCGCAAAUAUGAGGCAUUCCCCCCAAUCAAGAAUGCCCAAACAAAGAAGACUCCAGAGGAGGAGGAGGAAGAGGACGAAGAGGGUGAAGAAAGCGCCCGUGACUAUGACUAUCUUCUCUCAAUGCCGAUUUGGUCAUUGACCGCAGAACGUCUUGAGAAGUUGAAAGAUGCUAUUCGGAGGAAGAAGGCCGAGUAUGACGAACUGGAGGCUAAGAGUGACAAAGAUCUGUGGUGUGAGGAUCUCGUCGCCUUUGAGGCUGAGUGGGAGAAAUCUCUUGCCCUCAGCGCAGAAAUUCAGACCAACAUUCGUCGCAUGGGCCGCCGAGUAUCCAAAAAGAUAGGAGCUGGAGGAGGUGGCCGCGGCAAGAAGGCUAAGGGGGCGGACGAUGAUUAUGAGCCGGAGAAGAAGGGUCGAAAGAAGGCAGCGCCCGCUGCGAAGACGGAGACCAAGACGGCGCAGAGAUUUGCCGACAUGUUUAGCGCCAAACCCAAGGUCAAGAAGGAGUCGGAGCCAGAGGUUGUCGAGUUGUCUGACAACUUUUCUGACGAUGAUUUCGCCGCCCUCAGCCGGAGCAAACCGGCAGCUGCACCCAAAGCUGCACCCAAAGCGGCCCCCAAAGCUGCGCCUAAAGCUGCACCCAAAGUCGCCAAGGCCUCUGAGUCGCGAUCCAUCUCUCUAUCCGAGGAACCAGAGGUCGUUCCCGUUCGCAACAAGCGAGCAGCUCCCUCUAAGACCUCUGAGUCACGAUCCGUCUCGCUGUCAGAAUCGGAGCCUGAGGUGGUGCCUGUGCGCAACAAGCGAGCAGCUGCUUCCAAAGCCAGAACUUUGUUCGACGCCGACUCAGAUAGUGACGAGGACGAUGACCAGAUGCUUGGUGAUGUUGGUGCGCUGGUCAAGGGCAUUGAAGACAAGCCUUCUGGAGAAGCCAGCGCGCGACUCAGCCUGCACACCAUGGGCCGACCCGACUCAAGCCAUGGCAACACGAGCGCUGGAACCAUCUCAAAGCCAAGGGCCAAAUCAGCCAAAGCCUUUGAUUUUGACAGCCCUGAUGAGACCAACUAUGAGAUGUUAGCCAAGCCGUCGCCCUUCAAGCCGGCCAACAAUGAUGACGAAGCGUCGGGCGAUGACGAUGAGUUGGGACUUUCUUCAAAGGGUAAGGCUGCAGCAUCAUCAAGCCUAACUGCAGCCAAGAAACGUGGCAGACCGGCCGCGGCAACGAGUAAGGCGGAUGGCAAACCAACAAGCAAGCCCAAGGUGGCCCUCAAGGCUGCAGUAACAGCUUCGACUCUGUCGCCAGCUGCCAAGAGAUAUGCUGCCAAGAAGAAGGCCUUGGAAGACGAUUCCGACGCCGAGGAAGAUGAGUUUGAUGAGUCGAUUGCUCCAAGGCCGGCGGCCCGGGCGAGACCUGGACGGGCUGCGGCUGCGAACCGAAAGGUUGUCAUUGACGACGACUCAUCCAUGGUGCUCGACGAAGAAGAAGAUGAAGAAGAGGAAGAGGAGAGCGACGACCCGUUUGUGGUUGAUGACGAUGAUGAUUGA